GAUUGGUAGAAUUUUGUUCCCGAAAUAUGGCCGGUUUGAGUUUCAGUGGGAAGGUGUAGGGUACAUAUAACUAUGAAAGAAAUCUCUCUGCUGUUAAGAAUAAAAUGAAUAAACGCAGACAGCAUCAAAUAAUAGUUUGCAGAGAUGAUGAAAAGUUUGGGCAUCACGAGCGCUACAGUGGUCUGACCUCAGACUUCAAAGAAAAGGAGGGCUACAAACCAAAUGUUAAACUCGACUACAUAGAUGAUUGCAAAGGAAGCUUUCAGAUACGUAUCUCAUGAAUUUCAUGGAGAAGGACCUGGCAAAAAUAAAGUGGAGAAACGAAUGAAGAGAACUGAACAGGAAGGAUUGAUGAAACAGAUGAGCUCAACAGACACUCACUUGGACUGCGUAGCCUCUUGCAGCAGAAGCAGAAAGAAAUGCAGUUUCCAUACGAGGUCCUUAGUGGCGGUAAACAGACAUGAGGCAGCCAUCUCAAAAACCAAACUGCAAAUUCUUCAUGAAAUAUGCUGGCACCAACUCUGAACUUUGGCGUGGACUUAUGUUUUUAUUGUUUCUUACUGUCUGGAAUAUCGUCUCUAUUUUUCAAUAAGACACAGCUUGCAGCUGCCGACAGUGCCUAUGUGUAUUGGAAGGAAGGCCACAGAGUUCAUUUCACAUUCAAAUGAGUACAGUGGUUCUCCUGCUUCCUUAGGUAACCUGUUGGCACCUGUAAGCUGAAAAGUACAAUUUCUAGUGAUUAGUUGCUUGCUUAUAGGAAGGACUUGAGCCAGAUGAACAGCCUCUAAGCUAAAUCAGACAUGACGUAAUUAUAUUUAGCCUUUCCUGAUUGCAGUAGCAAUAUUGUAUCCUUCCAAGGGAAGAAGGAAGCCCUUGUUCAGUUGUAGGCCAGUAUGAAAAGCUGUAAAAUUAUACAAGCAACAGAAUCAGAAGGUGUACAGUCUACUGCAAAUCAUUGUAAAGCACCACUGAUAUAUCACUGAAACAUUUGUAAUGGGUUAUAAAAGUAACUUGGUUCAUCCUGGUUUCUCACACUGGUAAUUGUAUGUAAGGCUUUUAACCACUGUCAAGUGUGACUGAUAAAAGUUGUUUUUAAUUUUUCAUCCUUUACGUUUCGCUCAAAACGACCAUCUUCAGAAGGAUAUUAUCAACAUGUAUGGAAAUUACUGUUACAUGUCAUACAUCUAUAUGUUAUAUCUUUUAACUAAUUAAGAUGUAUAUUGAUUUGUUAAAACAUCUAAAAAUUAUUACAAUUAGUC